UCUCCUUGUGUUAAUCUGUAAAAUGAGGAUAAGAACAUUCCUCUUGUCUGCCUCGAUUAUUUGGAUUCGAAGUCUUUGGAGCAGAGAGUUUUCUUUUACUUUGGCUCACACCUAUGGCAAGGAAAUCUCAGUCUUGGGAUUUAACUACUUGGGCUUGAACAACAAACCAGAUCCAGUGGUAUUGGCCCAUCCUCAGGAGCCUCACCACCCCUCUGAAAAGCCUGUCAUCCACUGCCAUAAAUGUGGGGAGCCAUGUAAAGGGGAAGUACUUCGUGUUCAGGCCAGACACUUUCACAUCAAAUGCUUCACCUGCAAAGUGUGUGGCUGUGACUUGGCACAAGGAGGCUUUUUCAUUAAGAACGGGGAGUAUCUUUGCACCUUGGAUUACCAGCGCAUGUAUGGUACCCGCUGCAAUGGCUGUGGGGAGUUUGUGGAGGGUGAAGUAGUGACAGCUCUGGGAAAAACAUACCACCCAAGCUGCUUUGCCUGCACUGUUUGCAAGCGUCCAUUUCCACCAGGCGAUCGGGUUACCUUUAAUGGAAGGGACUGUCUUUGUCAGAUGUGUGCUCAGCCAAUGUCCUCCAGUCCAAAAGAACUGUCUGCCUCAAGCAAUUGUGCUGGCUGUGGAAGAGACAUAAAAAAUGGCCAAGCAUUGCUAGCUCUGGAUAAGCAGUGGCACCUGGGGUGCUUUAAGUGCAAGGCCUGCGGGAAGGUCCUAACUGGGGAAUACAUCAGCAAAGAUGGUGCUCCUUAUUGUGAAAAGGACUACCAAGUUCUUUUUGGAGUCAAAUGCGAAGCAUGUCACCAGUUCAUUACCGGGAAAGUCCUAGAGGCAGGUGACAAGCAUUAUCAUCCAAGCUGUGCACGAUGCAGCAGGUGCAACCAGAUGUUCACAGAAGGAGAAGAAAUGUAUCUGCAAGGUUCCACUGUCUGGCAUCCCGACUGUAAGCAAUCCACUAAGACUGAAGAGAAGCUACGGCAUUCCUCAUCUGAGUUCUUUUAUCCAAAGAGUCUGGUUCUGCGCAGGCCACGCUCUGCAGAGCCUACACGAACAUCAUCAGAAAGCAUUUAUUCCAGACCAGGUUCCAGUAUACCUGGCUCUCCAGGCCACACUAUCUAUGCAAAAGUAGACAAUGAAAUCCUUGAUUACAAGGAUUUAGCAGCCAUUCCCAAAGUCAAGGCCAUUUAUGACAUUGAACGUCCAGACCUAAUUACAUAUGAGCCAUUCUACUCUUCCGCCUACGAGGACAGACAGGAGAGACAGAGUCUUGGAGAGUCUCCAAGGACAUUAUCGCCUACCCCUUCUGCAGAAGGUUAUCAAGAUGUUCGGGAUCGCAUGAUUCACAGGUCUACUAGUCAGGGCUCCAUCAAUUCUCCCGUGUACAGUCGUCAUAGCUACACACCCACCAUGUCACGUUCUCCUCAGCAUUUCCACAGACCUGGCAAUGAGCCGUCCAGCGGUCGGAACUCCCCUGUCCCUUAUCGGCCCGACAGCCGCCCUCUCACUCCAACUUACGCUCAGGCCCCUAAACAUUUCCAUGUUCCAGAUCAAGGUGUCAACAUCUACAGAAAACCACCCAUCUACAAACAACAUGAUGCAGCUGCUUUGGCAGCACAGAGCAAGUCCUCCGAGGAUAUCAUCAAGUCCUCCAAGUUCCCAGCAGCUCAUGCACCAGCACCCAACGAGAUACCAAAGAUUGAGACUGACCACUGGCCAGGUCCUCCCUCCCUUGCAGCCAUAGGAGCUGACAUGAGACGCAGAUCAAGUGGAAGAGAGGAAGAUGAUGAGGAACUACAGAGACGCCGGCAGCUGCAGGAGGAGCAGCUCAUGAAGCUCAACUCUGGUCUGGGACAACUGAUACUGAAAGAAGAGAUGGAAAAGGAGAGUCGCGAUAGGUCAGCCCUUUCUGCCAGUCGUUACGAUUCUCCAGCACAUGCUGCAGCCUCCAAAACCUCUUCCCUCCCUGGCUAUGGAAAAAAUGGACUUCACAGGCCGGUGUCAACGGAUUUUGGUCAGUACAACAGUUAUGGAGACGUGAGUGGUGGUGUUAGAGAUUUCCAGUCCCUUCCGGAUGGUCAUGUCCCUGGAAUGAGAAUGGACAGAGGAGUAUCUAUGCCUAACAUGUUGGAGCCAAAGAUUUUUCCAUAUGAAAUACUCAUGGUGACCAACAGAGGGCGAAAUAAAAUACUAAAAGAUGUAGACAGAACCAGGCUCGAGCGCCACUUAGCUCCUGAAGUUUUCCAAGAAAUAUUUGGCAUGACGAUACAGGAGUUUGACAAGUUACCUCUCUGGAGACGCAACGACAUGAAGAAAAAAGCAAAACUCUUUUAAUCUCCCCUUAAACAAACCAACAAAACUAUGAUGCAAAGGAUAUUGUGUCAUGCAGUCCAAACUAUUUGGAAGCAACUACUUGUCCACCAAAAAGGGAAAAUCACAUAGCAGCACCUCUGUACACAGCAACUGAACAAGAUGAACGUUUGCCCUCCUGGAACGCAGGGCUCGGAAACAACAAUGAUAGUUUGAGGUGCUGGCCUGUUACAUGGUAUUAUCCAAGAUAGGAAACUGUUUUGUUCUUCUCCCUCAAUGAUAUUCCCUUUACUUUUCUCCACAAUACGAUGGACUUUAUUGCUAGAGCCAGGAAGUGCCCUUAGGAUGCCUUGUAGACUGAAGUAGUUGUAACCACUCCAAGAACUGGAAAAGAAUAUAUAUAUAUAAAUAUAUAUAUGUAUGCCUGUUUGCGUGUGUGCACACAUGUAUUUAUAUCUAUCCAUCUAUCUGUGUGUGCGUGUAUGUAUGUGUACAUAUGUGUGUAUAUAUAUGGAGAGGAAGAUAGAUGCUCUGAAGUGAAGGAGAAGCCCUUUAUAACUUAUCCACAUGGUCACAUUGAAGUCUUUCACACAACUGUUUCUUAAUUGACAUCUUCUUUGUGUGAUAUCAUCUGCAAAGGUGGGCGCUCUGCUCACUUACAGUACAUACCUGUUGAACUUCUGGAAAAUGGACUCCUUGUACUUGUAUAUAUUUGCUAGGAUGUAGGAAGUGAAUUGCUGUGUCUGUUGUCAGUCUUCCCUCUUCCACACUUUCUGCUUGAAUUAAUAGGGCCGGAGUUUAACCAGUCCUUUGAAUAAGAUCACUUAAGUAAUGGGAAUGAUGGAGAAGAGUCAGUUUUCUUGUUAUGUAUUCCAGGAGAUGGGUGGUUGGGGGUGAGAGUGACAGAGUGAGAAAAUGCUUUUUUAAGUGUGCCCUGGUUCACACCCAGAGAUUUCAGGACAGACUCCCUGCUGGUAUUUACUAGUACAGCUCAGCCUGCAGUGGAGUUGUAGGAUUGUCCAUCAGCAGGGAAGACGGUUCUCUGCAAGCUAACGUGCAAACUCAUCCCUCUUAGGGAGGAAUGUUUAUGAAUUAAAAGGUACCAUCAAGGUGCCAUGCUCUGCCAAUAGAGGCUUUUUGAUUAACUUGCAGUUGCUGUUGUCAAUAUGGCACAGUGCAUGGGGCCAAGCACUCCUUUUAGUUAAUGUAGUUUUUCACUUGUGCUUGGAAAAGAGGGCACAGGCUUUUUUUCCCCUCUUCCUCUCUUGAAGCGUCAAAACUCCAGCCUUGGUUAUUUUUAUUUCCCUUUGUGCCUGACUUGGUUUCUGAAGACAGAGUAAUCAUGCAAGACAGUUUCUGAGCUGCAUUGAACUCCUUAUGGCUUUCAGUCUUCUUCCAAUAUGCUGCAGCUUGAAAUACUGCCUGUGUAUAUACCUUAACUGCUUCUGGGUGAGUCCUAUACAGAGAAGGACAUGAGCACCAAAGUAAUAGAAUGAAUGCAUUGUGGCUGGCAGGUCAGCUUAUCUCUUCCUUGGUGCUUAACUGCCAAUGCAUACUGCACUAAUGAGCCCAUCUCCUGAUUGGGAGAGGGUCAUUUAGGUUCUGUGUCUGUCAAAGAAUAUCAAGGUUUCAUUUUUAAUGCUGAACUUCUGGCACUGGAGACAUCAGAACCUUUGUAUUUUCUAUUAUAUGAGACAUUGGUGUUAAAAUCUGGAAGUCAGGAAGGGGAAACAGUCCCGUGUAAUUGUGAGAUUCGGUAUCACUGUAUUGAGUUCUCUGUAUCACCACAUGGCAUUUCACCAUGAAAUGUGCAGGACAGCCCAAAUCCUGCCUCCUCUUUGCUGGUUUAGGAAGUCCUGUUGCAACAGAUCACUGUGGUUCCUUUGAUAUAAUCUGAGGUGAAGAUUCAGUAUACGAGAGGCAGAUACAAGGGGUCAGCACCAGCUCCUUGUCCCUAGAACCAAAGGAAUGGCGGGUCUGUGGGGCAAGAUGGAGAAUGUGCUACCCUGCAGGUCUAGCAUCACAGUCCCCACUGAACAGAAGUCCUCAGUGAACACUGUGACACUCGCAGCUGUGUGUAAGCUUUCUGGCUGUUGCUGAGAUUGCAGCAAAGAUCAGUUCAAUAGGUUAUACUUCAUUUUUCAGAACAAGCAUCUGAAAGGGGUUUAGAGGAACACUGGGAAGCGAGUGGGAAUGGUAGGGGCACUGGCAGCUUGAGAUGCAUUUUCGAGUGACUGCUGAAAACAAAUCCAAUGGAAGAACAGUCAUGGGCUUUGUGAAAGCUGGAGGCUCAGAAAUUCAGUGUUUGUCACCUGCAAGGUGUGGCUCAACUUUGAGAUGAAUAUUUGAGUUUUAAUGCAUUUAAAGUGUUAAAAUUCUCCACAUUUCAUCAGCCCCCAUCCCAUGGACAGUACCGUGUUGCUGCCUCUCAAACGCAGUAGGCAUUGCAGGUCUUUUAGCCCACGUCGCCUUGCCAAUAAACCUUUUUAAUCUGUAGACUUGCUCUCUCAAGGAUGUGAGCUGCCAGACUGCAUUUUUCUGUUCCCAUCUCCAGAUUACUAUAGCGUGUGAAUGCACUACCCAAUCAUUUCAGAAAUGACUAAGCCAGGUUGUUUUCUCUCCUCUCCAAAAAGGAAGACAAAAGAAGAUUAUAAGCCCGCCUCGUAGCCUGUAAGGAAUGACAGGGUAGUUUUUAUCUGUCUCAUCAGCAGAGAAUUUAAAUCUUCAACUGCAGCUCGGGAAGGAAUGAAGAGAAGCCAGCUUACAUACUGCAGAAUCAAUCUCUAACUGGAUAUUUGGGCUACUGCUGGUUCACAUCUCACUGGCAUAGUCAGUUCAUGGCCGCCUGCGCUAGAGUUAAUACUGCUUUAUUUCCAGUUGAGAACACAAAGGGUUUUCUGAGCUUCCAUUUCAUGCAUACAGUUAAUUCCCCUUCACUAUCCCAACCACUUACACGUCGAUACACCCCAAGAAAUCACCAGUCCAUCAGACCUAUGCUACAGCCAGCCCUGGGGUGUGGAGUGUGUUUUCUGCAGUGGGCUAUUAGUGAAUGUCACUGCAACACUUUCUGUUCUUUCAUCUGAUCUUCACACCUAAUAAAAACAGAAACUUAGCCCCAGGGAGGAUUUUCUGUGUAAGCAAUGAAUCAUUUUCCUAGUAUCAAUCAAAGCAGCAUUGUCCUGGGAAACUCUUUGUAAUUCCCCUUCAGUAUUCCCUUGAGAAAUGUCAGGGGUUGGACUUAGAUGAUCUUUAAAAGUCCCUUCCAACCCAAACCAUUCUAUGAUUCUAUGACUAUACCUCAAGUGCAUGCUUUAGUUCUUCAUGCAAAACAUCUGAGGUUCUGAUAAAAUCCUAUCAAACUCAGUACUGUCUUGGCAGAACAUCAUUGCCAAGAGGACUGAAAACUGAUUGUUUUUGUCUUUUUUUUUCCCCUUUUCCACUUUAAGAGUGAGGUAAGAGCCAGGACCUGUCAAAAUAUUGCAAAAUAACCACACGUGUGCAAAACAGGAUUAGGUACACAUGCAGGUUCUCAAACACAGUUGCACGUGUAGCACAAGCACUCCUCAUUUGGAGCUGAGAUAUUACAUGAGUAGUUAACCUGGAAUUUCCAGGUAGUUCCUAGUGUUGAAUAGAUGGCAGUCAUUAAGUUAUGAAGGUUGUCACUUAAAUAUGUGGUUGUAUUUGCAGGGCUUGUGGAUAGCUGUGAUAUGUUGAGUGUGCAAAAGGCAGGAUCAGUUUCCCAAAUCUUGAAAGUGCCAGGUUGGCCACAGGUGAUGCCAUUUAAAAGGCCUCCUCAGGCAUAUGUGAACACUUGCAGCACCCACAGCAGUGCUUAGAUGGAAGGAUAAGACCCUGUGCAGUAGUAUUUAUGUUAAUGAGGAAUCCAGAGAUCUGACUUACUGGGUUUUGUGCCCCCUCCAGAUGCUGGUCUGGUGACUUCCAUACGAACAAGUAGAGAACUGUUCUGCAUUCCAGUGGGAACAGCUGGCCAUAGCCUCUAUACCUGUGCCUUAACUUAGUGUAAGCUCCAGCCUCCUGUGAGUCAGCAGUUAAAUAUGUUGAUCAUCAUCUCUGAAGACAGAAUUAAGGCAGCUUGAAGAGCAGAUCUGGAAAUUACUGAACUGUCCACUGUUUCUCAAUGUGAUCUAUUGUGGCCUCAGUUCAGGGAGCUGAAUGUAGCAUCUCAACUCUGCCAGUGUCCUAUCCCAAACUUGCUAAACUUUCUGUACAACUGGAAGAGUAAGUUCUUAUAAACUUUGCUCACAGGAUCUUUCUUGUUUAACUGUUUGCUGUCAUCUCGUGCUGGUGUCACUUUGGGCGGGUUUUAAGGGCAUCUCAGAAACAUACUUGUUUUCAGUUUGGUUAGUAGCCUUUCAUUAAAUAUGGUUUGUGAUGUGUUGUGGACAUACUUGCAGUGUGCUGUGAAAGGUUAGACUAGGAGAACAGUAAGUUUCUUAAUAGCUGUAUGUGGGACAAGAUAGCUCUGUGGCUCCAGUAGUGCUUCUGUCAAGACAGAUGUCAUUUCUCCUUACAAAGUCCUAUAGUCUUAAGUCUGUGGGCUUUGCACUUAAGAGCUUGCUGCCUUUUCCCUGUUGCAAUUUGGAAAUCCUUUCUCAGUCAUACAGUUUGGAUAUCCUGCAUGAGCCUGUGCUACCUAUUUCAGACUGUGGGGAAGUAGAGUUUGGAGCCCAUAGCUUAUGAGCAUCUACACAGGAAUUAAUGUUAUGAAGCUGCUACAACAAGUGACACAAUAAUUAACCCCCAGAACAUUAAAAAUAUCAAGACCCUCCAAAUUUGUCUUGGAAUGACUUAUCUUGACUCAUCCUGACUUAGGAGGAGACCUUGGCAUAUUUGGACCAUGGCCUCGUAGAGUAGACUAAAUGGAAAACAGCCUUUUUCCCACUCCAUGAUUCACUACUUUCCUUCAGAAUGUAUUUGUGGAGGAGGAUGUCCUCAUCCUGGAAGUUACCUAUGGCAGUGAAAAAUACCAGUCAAUGGUCAUGCAAUAAAAUGUGCAGGAAACAAGAAUAUCAACUAAUUUGUCCUGCAAUGCCACUCAUCUUUCCAUGUCAGAGAGACUUUAGGGCUUGACUCCACAGCCCCUUCCCCAUCCAGUUAGCCCCAGGUCAUGGUCCAGUUCAUGUCCUAUCAACACAUCUGCUAAAGUCCAGCAUAGCCUUCAGGGUAGACACAUAGCAAGGGCUGGUCUUGAUGAUAGGUGGUAUGUUUUACCCCAUUGCUACGUAAUGAAGAGCUACUGAGCACUGUGAUAGUAGUACAAGGCACCUUUCUCUUUUCAUUUAGAAACACCCUUAUCACUGUGGGUUGCAGGACUGCUCUGGCUGAUGAGUUUUGCGUUGUGAUUUCUCCCACACACCUUUUUUGUGCUUAAGAAAAGAAACAAAAAACAUUAUCAUAAUGCAAAGAUAACAGGGUUUUUAGGCAGACAACUCUGCUGGCAGAGCUAUGUGCCUGCAUUUGGCAGGGAGAGAAAAAGUAUUAUUAACUUUAAUGUAAGCAUCAGUGCAGGAAGUGGGAAUGUAAUUGGCCAUUAAUGUUCUUUGCCUGUAUGCAAAAUAAAUUAUUUGUUGCCCAAUGGGCUUCUAACAGGGAAACAGAUUUCUGCUAAUGAUUUGCUAAAAAAUGCCUGUCCAUGUGAAGAGGUAAUACUUCCUCGUGCAUUGUGGUCUUUCUUUUGAGGUAGAAAGAGAUGACUGAAGGCAAACAGUAACCUGUUCUGCCAGGAUCACCACAGUUAAUGUGAGCGUUGCUCCCUAGACUUGCAAAGCUGAGGCCCACAGGACCUUACUCCUUCAGGCAUUAGGAAAUGAAGCAUUUCAAGUAGCAGAAGCAGCUAUGGGAAUCCCAGCGGUGCCUUACCAGGCUGAGUCUCUAGCUCCCUCAGGUGCUUUGACAGGUCCCACUGGACACUUGCCUGGGCUUUUGUCACUGAACACCUUCAGAAUGCACUUCCCCUCUCCCCCCAGGUGCAAACCCACUGAAAUCAGUGGAACCCCUCACUGACAUCCACACAGGCUGGAGCAGGCUCCUACUCAGCUGGCUAGAGCAAGGAAGGUCUCUGACUGCUGUGUAUGUGCACAGCAGCGAGCUCUGUGUGUUGUUACUGGAUCAGUCCUGUCCAAGCAGUGCAGCCUGGUCGUUGCUGACAACUCUUCCUGUAAGGGGGCCUUACAGCUGGGGGCUUUUUUUAAGCUUUGGAAACCGAAACUAAUUUUUCAAAGGUAUCUUUUCUUUUUUUCCCCUUAAAUCAGUAGAUUUUGGCAAUAGGGUUUUUAUUAUUUUAUUUUUCUUUUCUCCUCCCUUCACAUGUUACAAACCAGCAUUUUGGGGAGGUGUCCCUGUGUUUUCCAUUCAUCUGUGAGACAGCUCUCUUUCUGAGUCUCUGUAAAAGUGAAUCAAUGUCUUGUCCGUACAGUAAGUCUGCUUGUAUGCAUAAUGAAAAGUUGAGCUGGGUUGCUGUUCUGUACAAUUAGUGUUUCCACUGUCAUUACCGCAAGCAGCACAUAUUGCACUCCUGUGCCACUGUAAUCUGCAUCACUGUUGUACUCAAGUCAAUGAAUAAAGUUUGGAGCUUUAUUCUUAA